GAACAAAAGCUCGGAAGUAACGGGCCGUAAGACGGGGAGAGCGAAAGCAUCCAUCCGAAGACCCAUUCACACCUACAACAAUGCAUCCCUCGCAUAUCUCUUCUUAACCUCCCCACCCUCUUCCUCCGCUCCAAAUCCUCUCCCCGACCCGAGAAUUGAAGGUCACACAACACACAAGGAGGCUUCAAUGGAGUCAUCUGCCACCAAGCAGUUCCUCCCCAUGCCUCAGCAGCGGGACCCCAACUCCCCGUCGUCUUCCACCUCCUCUUCCUCCUCCUCCUCCACCUCGCCGUCCCACCCCUACCACCGCACUACAGCCCAGGCCCAAGCCCAACCGCACCACAACCUCCGCCCUUCUCCGAGGCCCGUACCCCGCACGAUCGAGACCACCCCGUUCCCCACGACCUUCGUGCAAGCCGACACCAACUCCUUCAAGCAGGUCGUCCAGAUGCUCACCGGCUCCGAGCAGUCCUCCAAGAACGCCACGGCGCCGGCCGCGACAGCCAACGCAGGCAACGGCCAGGCGGCGAGCAACGGGCCGUGCCGGCCCAAGAAGCCGUCCUUCAAGCUGUACGAGCGGCGGAGCAGCCUCAAGAACCUCAAGAUGAUCGCGCCGCUGGCCAUGGGCGCGCCGCCGUCGCCGAGGUCCAAGGCGCCGGAGAUCCUCUCGCCGAGCGUCCUCGACUUCCCGUCCCUCAAGCUCAGCCCCGUCACGCCGCUCACGGGCGACCCCUUCAACCCUUCCCCCGCGUCGUCCUCCGGCGGGGACGCCGCCGAGCGCGCGGCGAUCGCUGACAAGGGGUUCUUCUUCCACCCUUCGCCAAGGGGCGCCGAGCCGCCAAGGCUUCUCCCGCUCUUCCCCGUCAGCUCGCCCCGGAUGGCCGCGUCAGCCGCCGCGGCGCCGGCCGAGUGACUCGCCCAAAGCCUCCGCCUUUGCCCGCGCGCGCCUCGGUUACGAAGUAAAUCUGCUAUUACUACUAUCGCUGUACCGCUGUUUCUUCGCAGUUCUAGUUUUGUAAGGUGUUUGCUGUUCUUCUUCAUCGGUGCUAGCUGCUGCUGCUGCUGUUGUAAUUUUUGCUCCCUUCUUGAAAGGAAGAGGGGAGUUUUUCUUUUCUUUUUUCGGAGUCGCGACUCACGAGCUCUAGAUUUCGGCUCUGAUUUCUUGAUCGCUCGCGGCCGGGAACUCCGAAAUGGAUGGACCGAUUAAUUGAUCAAUUAAGCUUAAUUCUGAACUUGAUGUGCUACUA